AUGGCCAAGGUAAUCUUCACAGCAUGGAAGGAUAAAUCGCAAUUACUUGACGUGCGGAACGAGUUUUAUCCAUUGCCUUCCUACGAGGGCCCGGAUCUGCGCUCUCACGCUUGCGCCACGGUUGAGGCAUGGAAACUGCGUGGAAAUGUCCCGCAUCAUGUGGAGGCGACGGCGCUGUUGACGGAUGCGAUUCUUCACGACGAUGCGCAGCAGAAUUCGAUUUUCUCGAUUCGGGCAACCUACUCGGCAGCCUUUUGUCGAUUCGUGACGGGCCUUGUAGACUCCAAGAUCCAUGGCCAGCGCAAGACCAUGUUCCAGCGUGCCGUGGACCUAGGCCUUCCCGCCUCAUUCGUCGAGCUGCGUCACGAGGCAACUCACCGUGAGCCACCGUCACUAGUUGUGCUGCGGAAAGCAUCGCAGCGGUCCCUUGAGUGGCUUUGGGACAACUACUGGGCCGGUAUUGAGGAAUUGGGCGAUGCCCCUGCUAUCGAAUAUGAUGACACUGCCGCUAUCGGGUCGGCUGUGCGCGAUACCCUGCGCAAAUUCGCGAAGUGGUCGGAACCGGCGCCGAAGAAGAGGAAACGGGAUCAAGGGGAGUCUGUUGCUAUUCAGCUUGUCUCAAUCUGUCAUGCUUCGAGUGAAGGGUUGAAAUUACUUCCUGCUCUGCUUUUGGAUGAAUCCAAUUUGAUUGAUUCUGACCGGAAGCUUGGAGACUCGUUGAAAGAGACGUUCGACAAGUAUGACCCUGUCCUGCUCAAAAUGACCGAGAACAGCCCUUCGUUCUUGACCUACUUGACCGAAGAGCUGGUGGACAGAUUGGCCUUCCGCCCCGAAAAUGACUCUCCCAGGGAUGCCUCGGCAGAAGCUCUCUCUUUGUGGCUCAGUCACUUGUCAACAACGUCGACAUGGAAAACAUACCAGCCAUUCUUUCCGCGCAGCUACGUCCUAUGUGCUUGUGAUCAGAACUCUAAUAACUGGACCAAGGCGCUAAGCAAUGAGCUACGAAAGAAGGGUGAUGUCGUCUCCGUGGCACCUAGUGCGCAGAAUGGCUCUUCCAAGAAGAGAGCUUUACUGAAAGGCUCUAAAGAUGCCUCGCCUGGUAAAAUGGAAAAGCUCCGUGCACAUGGAUGGGGGCCAGUUGAGAGAUGGGACAGUCGGCCUUUGGGGGUUGCUCCGACCAAAUAA